GCCUUGAGCAAAAAAAAGCUCAGGGACAGUGUCCAGGCCCUGGUUCAGACCCCAGGAUUGGCACCAAAAAUAUAGAGAAAAAAAUUUUUAAAAUAUCCUAUUUGACCACCCACAAAUUCUUGUGGGUGUUUCCCCGACCAAUACUGAACUUGGUGUGAAAAAGUCAGAUUUCCCUUAGUUUCCAUUCUAACAUUAGUCACAGUUGAAGGUGGAAUAAAAUAACAUUAUGAGGUUAAGUAUCCUUUCACAACCAAAUUCCCACUUGUAAACUUUGUUUGCAGGGAAAAAAAUGGAUGGCACUGGAUGGAGAUCAUAAUAAAUUCAAUAACCAGGAGAGACAAAUAUCCCAUGUUCUCUCUCAUGUGGGGAGUGUAGUCUAAAGCAAAGAGACAUCAUGAUCUUGCAUAAAGGUGGACAGAGGCCAGCCUUGCAUAAGAAAAGAAGUCAGGCAACGGCCAUGCAAAUAUGAAGAGAGUCAAGUGUAAUUACAAGAAGGCUGCGCUGCCUGUGUGGAUCUCUGGCUUGCAUUUGGAAGUCCCACGACAGCCUCCCCAGACAAAGGGGUGUUGAAGGCCUGUGUUCCACUCCCAGAAGGGAGGAGGUUACAUGAAGAGAGUUUAGAUUCAGGACGAAAACCAGCAAAGCUCUGCAGUUUGGGAGGUGAAAUGGUAUUUGUCCCCAUCUGUAUCCUGGAACACUUGAAGAGUCUGGACUUUACGCACAGGGCUGGUUUGCCAUAAGAGGAAAGAUUGAGUGCUCAAGUGGUUAAAUUUCAGGAAGGCUCUCUUGGAUAAAGGCGGGGUGUUAAACGAAAACAAAACUAGCAGGAGAGAGAGCGAAGUCCUUUGAUUUUUCGUCUGCACUCCAGCCUGCAGCUCUGGGAUAAAUUAAACAGAUGGGGGCCAUGGCUCUGGAUGGGAACCAGUCGGCCGACUACUACUACGAGGAGGGGGAGCUGAACGGCACCCACGACUACGGUCAGUACGAGGUGGUCUGUGUGAAGGAAGAAGUCAGGCAGUUUGCCCGAGUCUUCCUCCCUGCCUUCUUCGCCGUGGCUUUUGUCACGGGGCUGGCUGGCAAUUCCACCGUGGUGGCCGUCUACGCCUUCUACAAGAAGCGGAGAACCAGGACGGACGUGUACCUGCUCCACCUGGCAGUGGCUGACCUGCUCCUCCUCUGCACACUGCCCUUCUGGGCGGUGAAUGCGGUGCGCGGCUGGGUGCUGGGGGAAGCCAUGUGCAGGGUCACGUCGGCCUUGUACACGCUCAACUUUGUCUCGGGGAUGCACUUUCUGGCCUGUAUCAGCGUGGACAGGUACUGGGCCGUGACGAGGGGCCCCCAGCAGGCCCGAGUGGGGAGGCGUUGCUGGAUCGCGUGUUGCUGUGUGUGGAUGGCCGCGCUCUUGCUGAGUCUCCCCAAGCUGGCUUUCUAUACGGUCAACGCGCACGGCAGGUGCAUUCCCGUCUUCCCCUACCACCUGGGGGCCUGGCUGAAGGCGGCCGUCCAGCUGCUGGAGGUCUGCAUCGGAUUUGUGGUCCCCUUCCUGAUCAUGGGGGUGUGCUACUCCGUCACGGCGAGGACUCUCAUCAAGAUGCCCAACGUGAGGAGGUCGCGAGCCCUCCGCGUGCUGCUGGCUGUGGUUGGGGCAUUCCUCGCCACCCAGCUGCCUUAUAACAUCGUCAAGUUCUGCCGGGCCGUGGACGGCGUCUUCUCGCUGGUCACCACCUGCGAGGCCAGCAAGCGCCUGGACGUCGCCAUCCAGGUCACCGAGAGCAUCGCCCUGUCCCACAGCUGCCUCAACCCCCUCCUCUACGCCUUCAUGGGGGCCUCCUUCAAGACCUAUGUUGCCAAGGCGGCCAAGAAAUAUGGCCCCUGGAGGAGACGGAGGCAGGCCAGGGAGGAAAUCCCUUUCGAUUCGGAGGCUCCCACGGAGCCCACCAGUUCCUUUACCAUUUAAAGGCCACACUGCCUUGCCUUUUCCUUGGGCAUGCAUCAUGAUGUGCUUUCAUCAGACAAAAGCGUCUGCCUCGCUCUGAAACCAGUUUCAAACGUACAUCAAAGAGGGCAGCUUGGGGGGGUGGGGGGCAGGUAGACAGAAACCAAGAUCAGGCAACAGUAAAUGUCUAACAUGGAAGUUCGAGUUACUAGCAUAGGAAAAUACUAGCAACAGGCAUACAUGAAAGCACUGUGUUAAAAGGAACUUAGAGGUGAUGGGAGUCGUUUUCUCUCUUGAUUACAGUAGUGGCUAAAUAAAUCAACACUUUAUACAAUGAUGUUGAAAUUGGACACGCUGGACCAGUUUCACCUUCCUGGGCUUCCUGGGCUUGCUACGAUUAUGUAAGACAAACCACGGGGCUCCUCCAAAGGGGAUGGGAACCCUCUAUCACUCUUUUCCAUCCUUGUAACUUCCUGGGAAUUUGUAAUCACUUCCAAAUAAAACUUCUUUAAAAAAAAAACAAAACACUAUGGGGGCUGAGAAUGUGGCUUAGUGGUCGAGUGCUUGCCUCGCAUGCAUGAAGCCCUGGGUUCGAUUCCUCA